AUGGACGCGCACCUGGCCGAGGUGUCGGCCCUAUUAGCCCAAGUAGGCGUGGCUGAGCGAGAUGAGCGGCAGGCUAUGAUCAUCGAUCCGAGUCAGUCCUCGAGCGAUGAAUAUGAACAAUUGUGCGCGAUUAUUGAUGACAAUGGGCAUUUCUUGACGCCAGAAUUGGCCACGUUUCUCAAGCGGAAAUGUCAAAUUGAGUUAGAACGGAGUGAGGUGGAGCGGGCGGGGCGGUCUCUGCUUCACGCCCAAGCCAUUAGUUUCCAUCAUCAAACCACUUUUCAGCAAUUCCGUCGCAUUCAAAAGCGACAAGAGUCCACCCAACGGCCAUCUAUACGUCGUUCCCACGAAGAUCUGUUCGAACCCGACACGCCCGAUUCGCCUUCCGACACGCCCUUAGAUACCUUACAAAGACAGAUUAUGACCCAGCAAGCCUCGAUAUUAGCUGAAAACCACGUGGAAAAAGUGAUUCGAUCUCUACCAGACGCUUGGCGUGUAGUUCAAAUCAAUACCCAACUUUUUCUGCAAAGCCGAUUCAAGAAGGAAUCCUCCGAGGAGGCGAUCCGAAGCACCAAUUUGCCCCUUUUGAUCACACAAAUCGAUUGCGGCCAGAACGAGCUGGUCAAAGUAGCGGAGGUGCCGUCGGUGAAGCGAUCCGAUCGACCUACGAUCUUGAGCGAGUUCCAAGAAAUCCUACACACUCAUCGGCAAAUCUAUACCAAGAACCAGAAGUUCGAUCGAGUGGCUUACAAUCAAACCCGUGAUGAGCUCGACGACCGACUUCUGACCCUGUUAGACACGAUUGAGAAUCGAUGGUUGGGCUUUGCCAAGUUGACCUUGCUUGGCCGGCCGAAAGACCCGGAGCGAGUGCGAUUGACUGACCAGGCCUUUAAGAAAUGUGUGACGAAGUUGAAAUUAGACCAUGUGCAAAAAUCUUGGCUGUGGAACGCUCUCGAUGGAGCCUCAUGGCUUGAAGAGGGUCAUCUCGUUCAGGUGGUAGAGUUACUCACUUCGGACAAAACUGUCGCCAAGGCCUUGUUCAAGGCUGUCCAAGAGUUUGGCGUAAAUAACCCGAGUGCGGGUGUGGAUCGACAUCCUGUAGUGUUAAUUUUGGACAAAGACAUCCAACUGUUGCCGUGGGAAGCCUUACCCAUGAUGAAGAACCAACAAUGUUCGCGGGUCCCAUCGCUUUUCUUCCUCGCCUCACUUUAUGCCAGUCACCAUCAAAACAAGGCCUCCGUGGCCAAGGUCGGAGUGAAUAACGAGAAGAUCUUCUACGUUUUGAAUCCUAACAACGACCUCCAAAAGACUCAAGAUCGCCUCGAGAGUCCUUUUCGAGCCCUGAGUCUUGGAGAGGGCUUCGUGGGCGAAUGGCCCAGUUUCCCCAAGAUCCAAGGGGCUUUAUCGGAAAUGGACGCUUUCAUGUACUGUGGGCAUGGAUCUCGUCUGAAAACCAUCACCAGUCAAGAGAUCGAGAAGCUGAACAUCCGGGCCUUGCCCCUCCUUUUUGGCUGCAAUUCUGGGCGAUUAGAACGCUUGGGACGAACCUUUGACCCGACGGGCACGGCCUCAUCCUAUUUGAUCGCGAGUGCACCCUGCUUAUUGGGGUUUUUGUGGUCGGUCACGGACCUGGAUAUUGAUACUUGGACAGUGGAGUUUCUCGAGCAUUGGUUGGAAAAACGCAAAGGGCAAAAAGAUUUCGUGAAAGCCGUGGCUGAGAAGCGACAUUGUUUCAAGCGAUUGGUUAAUAGUGCGGCGACUGUGGUGUACGGAUUGCCUUCUUUUUUUGAAACCCGUUAAUAAAUCAACAACGCUCUUAACGAACGAAGUGAAACACAAUGAGA